AGACAAUUGAGACUUGUCUCCCAAUAUGCGCAAUUUGAGGGCAUCGUGGGGAAUCUUGCAUCGUCCCUGCGGUACUUUUGAGGUAGCUAGGAAUGGGAAUUAAGAGAGCUACAUGGCAGACACUUGCCAAACAGAACUUUCUCCCAGAGCUCUCUGCUUGCACACAUGGUUUUCCAUCAGUAGGUAGCUUGGGUCUGGACUACUGUUGUUGGUGGAGAUUCCUACUGCGCCUUGACCACCUGGCCUAGCUUAGCGGACUGCAUUGUCCUCCGAAAUCCUGCCUCGUCUUCUUCAUCAAGUGUUUAUGAUAAAGUGCCCGACAGAAUCAACCUGGCAGAACCAAUCGGUGAUGUAGACUCUUUUCGUGCGAGCCUUGCGCGGUGGCUUCGUGAACCCCGCACUUUGUUUACACGAGCGCAUGCACUUAGCCACAUCGGGAUAAGCAGGAUAUGACAACAGGGCACAGUUCCUUGCUAGGAAUGCUUCCAGUGCUUUUCCCCAGAUUAUUUAGCGUGGUAACUGUGGGGGGCAGCGGAGCUCGGAUCUCUCGAGGGCCGGUCGCUUGACAUCAUGGUUACCGGCCAUGUCUACAUCAGUCAUAGUAGACCCUCAUGCCCCACAAAGAUUCUGCAUCUUGUACUAACUGAGCAUAGCUUACAAAUGUCAGGACGACAGAUCGGGGUCAUCUUCCGUGUGCCCCCGCGCAGCUUGGCCGAGGUUGAUGGAGGGUUCUUGACAGGCACGGCCGUUAUAUAGAUUCCGGUACUCCCGGCUAGACGAGACGACGGAUUUCUUGAUCGCUCUGCGGCGUUGCGACUGCUUUGAAGAUGAAGGUUUCCCUAUCAUUGUUGGGUCUGGCCUCGACCUGUUAUGCCUCUAGUCUACCCAUUGUGGAUCUCGGAUAUGAGUUGCAUCAGGCGAUAUCGUUGAAUAGUACCUCUGGCCUUUAUAAUUUCAGUAAUAUUCGAUAUGCGGCUCCUCCAUUGGGUGACCUGCGAUUCCGGGCUCCUGUGCUUCCAACGCAGAAUCGCACACACGUUCAAACCGGUGAUGUCGGGCGGAUAUGUCCUCAGGCCAGCACGAUCUGGGAAGAUGACAUUGAGCCUGCAUUCCUCCUGAGCCUGUUGUACAACACGACCUUUUCGGCAUCGACGAAUAUCUCUUCGUAUACCUAUGAGCCGGACAAGAUGGACCCCCGGACUUCCGAAGACUGCCUGUUCCUGGAUGUGGUGGUUCCUAAGAGGAUAUUCGACCGUGCACAACAGAACACCUAUCGUGGGAAUUAUCACAAGCCAUUCGUUCCAAAGAACAAACUCGCCCCAGUUCUGGUAUGGAUAUAUGGUGGUGGAUAUGUGGGAGGUGAAAAGAGCUCGAAUAAUCCGACAGGCCUGAUCCAGCGAAGCCAGAUUGUUGGUGACGGUAUUGUAUACGUUGCACUCAACUAUCGGCUCGGCGCAUUUGGCUGGCUUUCGGGUGAUGCGAUCCUUGCCAACGGAACCGCCAAUGCUGCACUUCAUGAUCAACGGUUUGCUCUGGACUGGGUAUACAAGAACAUUCACCUGUUUGGGGGCGAUCCUACGCGGAUCACAGUCAUGGGCGAAUCUGCCGGAGGAGGCUCAAUUAUGCACCAAGUCACAGCGUACGGAGGAAAUGCCGGGCCCUCCCCGUUCAAGCAGGCCAUCAUUCAAAGCCCGGGAUGGGUCCCUAUCAUGGAUGACGAACAGCCCGAGCAAACUCUGCAGCAGUUUUUGGGAAUCCUAAAUGUCAGCACUAUUGACGAAGCGCGGAGUCUCUCAUCUGAGAAACUAAUCGCUGGCAAUGCUUAUCAAAUAGCCACCAAGUCCCAAUGGGGUUCCUUCAUCUAUGGGCCGGUCGUCGACGGUACUUUCGUCCCCGAGUUACCUGGAAAGCUACUCGCGGAGGGCAAUUUCGACCGCAAUCUGAACAUUAUGGUCGGGCACAAUGCCGAUGAGGGACUGGUCUUUACCUCGCCCGAUAGUCGGAACGCGACUGGCUUGACUGCAUUGCUUCAUCAGCAAUUCCCCUACAUGAAGAAGAACGUCAGCGAUUACAUCUCAAAUGUGCUCUACCCACCCAAGUACGACGGGUCAUACGGGUAUACUAGCUCGCUCACACGCGCCGCGCUGGUCAUAUCCGAUCUCGUCUUCGUCUGCAACACCGACUACUUCAACCGAGCAUACCACAACCAGACCUUUGCGUACGAAUUCAGUAUCCCGCCAGCCCUCCACGGCAUGGACGUCCAGUACACCUUCUACAACAACGGAACCGCAGUUGGUGGCUCCAUUCUCGCUGUCCAGAACGUCACCGUCGCCGAAGUCAUGCAGGACUAUUUCACCAGCUUCACCCAGUACGGCGAGCCCAGCUCCACUCUAGGUCCAGCCUUCCACCGGUAUGGUCAAAGAGGCUCGCUCAUAAACAUCGGCAACCAUACCAUCAGUGCGGAGCGUGAUCCGACUGAUAACCCGCGCUGUCGGUUCUGGCAAACUGCCCCAUUUACCUAAUUAGUGAGGUCCUUGCUGAGCUCCGUUGACUUUGCUGGUGUAUGGAAACAAAGCUGCUGGUUAACUACUGUAGCUUAAUCAAACCGAAUAUAGUUGCCUAACCACUAUCUACGUAGCUCGGUGGGUUCGUGUAUGACCUAAAUGAAUCAUUCUCCUGGGUUCCAUCAUUUAACAAGGCUGCCUAUGGUGUCAACCGAGAGACAUUGUAAGACGUAGGGCUAUGGUAGCAUUUUGAACCGCUCGGAUUUGGCCGACUCGUUCACUACAUGAGUUUCUUGAGGGGUGUGAAGGCUGACGUGAGCGUUGGGCGGGCGACCUUCCCCAUUGGGAGUCGGGCGCGGUAGCAACCGUAGCAGCCUCGCGCUUGUUUUUCUUCUCAGGGGAGGUUUCCACUCACUAGGCAUAACUAAUGAAUGGCUUGGAAUAAGACCUCACCAAUUGCUCAUUCAGGACCCAAUUUCCAGUUUAAAUAGUGCGGAUCAUCGUUAUUUGUUCAGUCUGGGGUCACCGACCUUGUCGACAGCCUCAGGGGUUAGGGUAAACCAGCUGGGAGCUCAGCUGAACCGAAUAGACGCGUCCAAUCAGGUCACUAGAAGAAUGAGACAUUGCUAUCAAUAGAGACUGUUAGAUAUGCUCGAUAGAGAGCAAUUGUCGCACGCCCCUUAUGAUCUGCAAAAUUUUAGCGACGACCGGGGUGUUCAUCGACUUGUUUGCUUCGAUCGGCAAACGGUUCCAAGGGCACAGUCAUCUCGGUUACGACGUGACCGCUAACAGUUCGUCUCUCAGCUCAAAUCUUGAUUCGGUCGGCCAUCGAAAAGAUUGACGGAUCAUUGCCGGGCAGCCUGAGCCAGGAGAAACCGAAACACCACUUUUUUUUGGGGCUCGGUGUCUCACUGCCCCACUGCGUGCCUGCAGGGCACAAAAGCUUGCUCCCGCAUCUUGGAGGCUUUGAGAUGGAUGACUGGUCUAUUUUUCUCAUGAACUCAGAGGCCUAGAAGAAAGGGGUCUGGCGGGAUGGGUUUUUGAGAUUUCUAGCCCCCAGGUUAACCCAGUCGAGCGAAGGUGUGAAAGAAUCAGUGAUACCGAUAGCUUCGCUGUCACAUUGAAAGAGUCCAACGGACCCCUUGAAGAAGAAAUUUGGCCCCCGAGUCACCAUUGAGAUGGGGGCUAGCUUAUCAUGGUGUAUGCAUUGGCAUGCAUUAGUAUUGUGACCACCAGCCUAGAUGUACAGUUUACACGACCGGUCGGGAUCUCAAGCUAUUGGAUGGUCCGUG